UCUAAUUUUCUUCCACAGAGGGGAGUCCAGUAUCGUUCCCCCAACAUGGCCCAGUGGCAACAGAUCCGGAUGCUGGACAAUAUCCAUCGGGAGGAGGUGCACCGUCUCUACUCAAAUGAUUGCCUGCCAAUGGAAGUGCGGGAAUACCUAGCCUACUGGAUUGAAGACCAGAACUGGAACCAGGUGGUACAAUCUGACUGCUCACAGGCCUACUGGCUUUUUCAAACCAUGCUGGCUCUUGUGGAUGAGCAGCUUGGACGUCUUGCAUGGCAUGAAGAGAACAACUCGAACAUGGUCAUUAAACACAACCUACGCCGUUCAAAACUCAACCUACAGGCCAGGUAUGAAGAGCAUCCAGAGGACCUGGCCAGCCUAAUUGAUGGUUUGUUGAGAGAGGAGAGGGCUAUUCUGUCAGCAGCUGUCGCUACCUCUCCGACAAGAUUGGAGCCCCCACCUGAUGCAGCCUUGAUCACUGGCCAGGAAAACAACAUUGAGGAACGGCUAGCAGAGAUGAAGAAGAUAAUUCAAGGUCUAAAAAAUUCCAUAGAGCAGCUGGAGGAUGUGCAGGGAAUCUUUAACUUCCGGUUUUCUGCAUUCAAGAUACUUGAAAGAUCUACGCCUUCUGAUCCUAGUCUCAGGAAUAAAUGGAAUGAGCUGCAAGGCAUGAUAAAUAAUUUGGACAGUUGCCGCAAGGAUGUGCUGGCCCGAAUCCAGGCACUGCUGGGCCGCUCGGACACUCUGAGGGACCUGUUGCUGUCGGAACUAUCUAUGUGGCAAGAUCGCCAACGGCGGGCAUGUAUUGGGGAUAUUUGUGAUACCAGUUUACGACAACUGGAGAAGUGGUACACAGAAAGUGCUGAGGACCUCCUCCAUUUACUCUGGUUGCUACAGACCUUGGAGGAGCUGCAUCAGAAGAUGACUUAUGAAGGAGACCCCCUGCCGCUACAGUUGCCUCAGUUAAAGCAGCGGCUGCAAGAGCAAAUUUUCUGUCUUUUGAAAAGUGCUUUUGUGGUGGACGUUCAGCCUAAAAUGCCAUUUCCCAGUCGCCGGCCUCUGUUGCUGAAGACUGGCAGCAAGUUCUCUGUCCACGUCAGGCUCCUGGUGAAGCUGAUGGAUCAAGACCACAAGAUGGAAGUGAAGAUUGAGAUUGACAGAGAUUCUGCUAAUUCGGUGGGAUUUCGAAGAUUCAACAUCUUGCCAUCAAACACCAAAACCAUGGUGAAGGACCGGCCCCAGAUGGAAGGCCUCGUCUGUGACUUCAGUCACAUUAUGCUAAAAGAGCAAAAAUGUGGUGGCUCUGGUAAAGGCAAAGGUGGUAAAGGUGCCAGUGAGGGAUCAUUGCCUGUUACAGAGGAGCUUCAUAUCUUCACGUUCACACUAGAUUAUUGCUACCAAGGUCUCAAGUGCCAACUUCAGACAUCCACUUUACCUGUGGUGGUCAUCUCUAAUGUCAACCAGGCAUCCAGCGCCUGGGCCUCCAUCUUGUGGUUCAGUAUGCUUGGAACAGACCCAAAGAACCAACAGUUUUUCUCCAGGCCACCAGCAGCACCUUGGGUCAAGUUGUCAGAGGUUCUCAGCUGGCAGUUCUCAGAUGCAACUAAGCGAGGCCUUGAUACGGAGCAGCUGAAAAUGCUUGGAAAGAAGCUCUGUGGAUCCAAGGUAACACCAAAAAGCACAAUCACCUGGACCCAGUUCAGCAAGGAGGCUUCUCCUUCUGAAAAUGCUUUUUCCUUCUGGACUUGGCUUGAUGGAAUCUUAGGUCUCAUCCAAGAUCACUUGCUGGAACUCUGGAAGAAUAAUCUCAUCAUGGGAUUUGUGAGCCGCAAGCAUGAAAGGCAUUUGCUGGAGCAGAAGCAAGCGGGUACCUUCCUGCUGCGGUUCAGCGAGACUACCCGGGAUGGCGGCAUCACCUGUACCUGGGUGGAAUACAACAAUGAUGGGUCCCCUAAUUUCCGCUCAGUCGUGCCCUACACCAAGACUGAUCUGAAAUCCUUACCACUGCCUGACAUCAUUCGUGAUUACCAACUCUUCGCAGAGGAGGACAUGCCUGAGAAUCCACUCCAGUUCCUCUACCCUAACAUUCCCCGGAAUGAAGCUUUUGGUCCUUACUACACGGAACAGCGGGAAGUUGACCUGAAAGAGCACGUGAAAUAUCUGAGUCGCCGCCUGAUCAGAGUCUCCUCUAGGCAACAAGAUGAGCCCCGCGUUCUGGAGGUGAACCCAGAGAAGCCCCGCAUUCUGGAGGUGAACCCAGAGGAACCCCGCAUUCUGGAGGUGAACCCAGAGGAGCCCUGCAUUCUGGAGGUGAACCCAGAGGAACCCCGCAUUCUGGAGGUGAACCCAGAGGAGCCCUGCAUUCUGGAGGUGAACCCAGAGGAACCCCGCAUUCUGGAGGUGAACCCAGAGAAGCCCCGCAUUCUGGAGGUGAACCCAGAGGAGCCCCACAUUCUGGAGGUGAACCCAGAGGAGCCCCACAUUCUGGGAGUGGACGAAUUGCUCUCUAAUAACAUGGAUACAGUCAGUGCCUUAUUUGAAAACGUCAUGCUUGACAGGAUUGACCCCUUCCUGCCCCCACCAAGCGAGGAGGAGCAGCUAGAGUAUCAUGAGCUCUUUGAACUUCCAAAUGAGAUGCCCGAGCUGAAUGUGGAUGAAGAUGAUUUCUAGUUUACAGGCUUGUUAGCAGGCUUUCAGUCAAAAACAUUACCAUCAGUAAAGAAUUAUGAUAAAUUAUGAUCCUACCCCCUACUACUGUUGAGGAUCCAUUUCCCUCCCUCCAACAAACGGUGACUUUUCUCAUGUCCAGCAAAAAGUGGGACCUUUCUCAUUAAACCAUCUUGAGGAGGAUCCUGAAUUGGUUGGGAAUUUGAGCCUGUAUGGUUGUCUUGAAGGUCUGAAGGAGUGGUAUGGGAAGGCCAGGAAUGGUAACAUGCCGUGUAAUCCUGAGGAGAGUUACCCCCUUCAACAUUCACAGGGUUAGACGGGUGCAGUUCUUUUUUAGAGCUGCAAUGAUGGUGGCUUGAAGUCAGCAAGGGGACAGCCUAAAUGAAUUCAGGAGGGUGCAGGGGUCUCUGAGAGCAGAAUUCUUGCCAUUUUGAUAGCAAACCAUGUUCUCACUCUUAUUAUAGGAAGUAAAAACAAAAGCUUAGUGGAUAGGAUUUACCUUAAGCAGAAAGAUAUUUUACAGUACAUGAAUCAUUGACUCCAGACACUGAAGGAGACUUCUGGGGAUUGUUGGGGCUUAAUGGACUGCUGUUAAACUUUCUUUUUGUCUGAAAGGCCAGAUUGGCAUCUGCAUCUAGGUAGCACCUGAUAAAUGACCUAGUUUUAGACAGCACAGAUAGGUAAUGGAGCUGGGAAAGUAUAGUUUGGAUGCAGUAAAGACAACCAUCUGAGAAUGAAGACUUUCCUGGCUGGCAGGAUCAGAUUUUGGGGGGUCUUGAGGUACUGAAUCUAUACUGCUAGAGUUGGUGAUUGCACAGUUCUUGUCUGUCCGUGCCUACUUGCUUUUAUUGUUUGCCUGUUCAAUAUGCAUAUAUUUGCAAAUUAAAAUUAUGUUACAAAA